UUGCGAAAGUCCCGCGAGCAGCACAACUGCAUUUAUCCAUCCACAUCCUUACCCCGCUCAGUGGGAACAAAUCACCGCUCCUUCCCCACUGGUCAACUCCGCCCCGCAUCCUUAUCUUCCUUCUUCGAUCUCAUCGAAAAGACGGAAUUUUGCUUCCUCCAGGCAUUCCAUUAUAUGCCUUCCUUGAUCUCAUCGAAAAAGACGAAUUUUUGCUUCCUCGAGUCAUUCCAUUAUCUGCCUACUUUGAUCUCGUCGAAAAGACGGAUUUUUGCUUCCUUGAGGCAUUCCAUCGAACGGACAGCGGGCAACGAAGAAGUAAACGAUGACGUCGUCAGCUUCCUCGCAGGAUUUCUUCAUCGGAGCGAUUGAUCAAGGGACGACGAGCAGUCGAUUUAUCAUCUACGAUAGAGACGCAAAAGCCAUCGCUUCGCAUCAAGUGGAGUUCACCCAGUAUUACCCUGAUAUCGGAUGGCUGGAACAUGAUCCGAAGGAGAUAUUGGAGAGUGUGAGGAUUUGUACUGCGAAGGCUCUGGACAAGGCUACCGCCGACGGAUACAAUGUUGAUGGUGGACUCAAGGCUAUUGGUAUAUCGAACCAGAGGGAGACUGCUGUUAUCUGGAGCAAGUCUACUGGAAUGCCUUUGUACAAUGCGAUCGUUUGGAUGGACGUCCGCACUUCCCCUAUCUGCAGGAAUUUAGAGAACCGUCUGGCGGGUGGAAAAACCCAUUUUGUGGAGACCUGCGGCUUACAAAUCAGCACCUACUUCAGUGCUACCAAGAUACUAUGGUUGAUAGAAAAUGUGUAUGGUGUCAGAGAAGCUAUUGAAAGUGGGGAUGCUUUGUUUGGUACUAUUGACUCUUGGCUGAUCUGGAAUCUCACCGGUGGUUGUGGUAGUUAUGAUCGUGAGGAGAAUUUUGUGCAAGGAGUACAUGUCACUGAUUGCUCAAAUGCAUCUAGAACCAUGCUUAUGAAUCUUAAAACCCUUGAUUGGGAUAGACCCUCCUUAGAUGAAUUGGGGAUCUCCAUUGCCAUUCUUCCAAAAAUUGUUAGUAAUUCAGAAAUCCUUGGAGUAAUUUCCAAUGGAUGGCCUCUCUCCGGAGUCCCCAUUACCGGAUGCCUUGGCGAUCAGCAUGCAGCGAUGUUGGGCCAUCGCUGCAAGAAGGGACAGAUUAAGAGUACCUAUGGAACUGGUGCCUUUAUUCUCCUCAACACUGGUGAGGAAAUUGUUCAAUCAAACCAUGGACUACUCACCACAAUAGCCUACAAGCUUGGACCAAAUGCACCAACUAAUUAUGCGUUGGAAGGUUCUAUUGCCAUUGCUGGUGCUGUAGUUCAGUGGCUUAGAGAUUCGCUUGGCAUCAUCCGGAGUGCUGAUGAGAUUGAAGAGUUGGCUGCGAGUGUGGAAAAUACUGGAGGGCUUUACUUUGUUCCGGCGUUUAGUGGUCUGUUUGCACCUUGGUGGAGGGAUGAUGCAAGAGGUGUGUGCAUUGGAAUUACAAGGUCUACAAAUAAGGGACACAUUGCCCGGGCUACAUUGGAGGGUAUUUGCUUUCAGGUGAAGGAUGUGAUUGAUGCAAUGCACAGGGAUACUGGCAAGCAUAGUGAUGAGGAAGUUGAGGAAGAUUGCAUACUUCGUGUUGAUGGUGGCGCGACAGUGAAUAAUCUUCUGAUGCAGAUUCAG